AUGGAUAGCUGCGAUAAUACCAACGAUGUCCAGAAAUGUGUAUUGAACUUCAAUAAAAUCAUCUUGGAUAGUGCCAGCCAGCACAUUGGCCAAACAAAAGAUAUAAAAGGCCAUACUCCAGUCCCCUGGUGGAAUCAAGAUUGCGAAAAAGCUAUCAGGGAAGCAAAAGCAGCGUUGAACAAGUACAGGAAACACAAAACUCUCCAAAAUCGCGUAGAGUUGAAAAAAUACAAAGCAAAGGCACAACUUGUGAUCAAACAAUCCAAGAAAAAAUCUUGGCAGGAAUAUGUUUCUGGAAUAAACUCCUCCACUCCAAUAAAUCAAGUCUGGACCAAAAUAAGAAAAAUGAAUGGACAUAGUUCAAAAAGCACUAUCCGUAGCAUUAAACACAAUGAUCGUUACUACUCAUCCACAAUAGAUAUAGCCAAUAUUUUGGGCCAAUCCUACCAAGAACAAUCGUCAACUUCAAAUUUCACACGCGACUUUCUCAAUUACAAGGCUCAAAUCGAACAAACUCCCAUCAGUUUUGAAGAUACACUGGAUAACCCUUUAAACCUUCCUAUUACUAUAGAAGAACUUGACAGCUCCUUAGAAAAAAUGAAAAACUCGAGCCCAGGUCCAGACAAUAUUCCAGUCAUAUUUCUCAAAUAUCUACCACCUUCAGCAAAACGGCAUCUACUGAAGCUUUUCAACAAGAUAUGGGAAGAUAAAGUAUUCCCUUCUUUAUGGUCUGAAGCUAUUAUUCUACCAUUUUUAAAAUCUAAAAAGCCCAAACAAGAAGCCAACUCGUACAGACCUAUAUCACUAACUUGCUCAAUGGCAAAACUGCUAGAGAAAAUUGUCAACCAAAGACUCAUGUGGCAUCUCGAAACUUCUAACCUCUUAAUCAAGGAACAAACUGGUUUUAGACCAAACUGCUCAACUCUUGACAAUAUUGUGGAUUUGGAAAGUGAGAUCAACGAGGCUUUUGCCACCAAACAGGACAAUAUCGCCCAACUACAAAGAGGUGAAAACUCUUAUAGCAGUGGCAAUGUGAAAAAAAUGAUUUUCGAUCCUGCUGUUUCCCCUGCCCUACUUCGAGGUGAAGUUACAGCCAGUAUGAAGAAUAGAACUUAUAAUGUUGAGGUUUCCAUUGAUUACGAGGAUGGUAUAUUGGAUGUCACCUGCUCCUGCCCCAGGGGACAAGCAGUAUGCCAUCCCAUGGCAGCUGUAUGUUUUCAUGCACACAACAACAUCAGUGUUACUGACAAAACCUGUGUGUGGAAUCAGCGCAAACCUACUGGCGAUGGAGAAAAAAUUGUGAGGAUUAGUGAUCUCUACAAACCAAAAUUUUCUAAUUAUCAGGCUUUUUCGAGACCAGCAUCAACCCAAGAAAUGGCAGAUUUUAGGAAUGAAUUAGGAUACUCUAAUCCAGUUGGAUUUACAUGGCUGUUUAUGCCUGAGCAAUCACAAUUGACAAGCAUAAUAAAGAAUAUUGAAGAUAUUUUAUAUUCACUAGAGUAUACACAGGCUACUGACAAAGAGACAUUUUUAAAAUCAAAAUGCUCAGUAGAUAUCGAUACUAUAAAUAAAGUUGAACAAAUAACUAGAGGACAGUCAAUUAAUGAAAAUUGGCUAGUUGCUAGAAAGUACAGAAUAACUAGUAGUAAAUUUGGCUCUAUACUGUCAGCCUGCAGGAGGAACAAAUUCUCAAAAUCUUUAUUUUCAAGCCUACUAGAAGGGUACGAGCUGGAUGGUAUACAAGCGAUAAAGUGA